UGCACCGAGGGACCUGACGACACCCUUUUUCUACACUACUACAGCGAAAGAGCUGGGCUCUAUCCAAUCGUGAAAGGUCUAGUGCGCAUGAUCGCUAAGGAGUUCUUCCACGUCAGCGUCGCCUGUGACGUCGUUUCCGAGGAGCGCGAGCUGACGUCACGCCAGGGGCAGGUCGUGACGUUUUCCAUACGUCAUCUCAGCUGCGACGGUGGGCAUCCUGGGGACGAGAAGCGGCUGAGUAGUGGGACGAUCUGUCCCACCACCAGCAGUGACCCUCACGAUCUUCCUCUCAGCGUGGACACCCUCAGUGAUAUCUUUCCCUUUCACGUCAUGCUGGACAGGAAUCUUAAAGUCGUACAGAUGGGACGGAGCCUUCGGAGGUUGUUAAGGGGCAACGUUACGUCGACAGAGCUGAAAUUUCAGGACAUCUUUGAAAUCAUCCGUCCGAAGGUAGACUCUCUCUUCAGCGCUAUCGUGCGGCAUCUGAACACCAUCUAUGUCGUGAGAACGGCACAAGGAAUCAUCAGCAAGGAGAAGAAUUGUGCAAUUCAAGUUAUUGAAGGAGCUAGCAGUUCUGGUGACGUAGACCUAGAGGAAUCGACUCUGAAGCUGAAGGGAGAGAUGGUGUUCGUUCCGGAAUCGGACAUGCUCCUGUUUCUGUGCUCUCCUCGAGUGAAAGACCUGUCAGAGUUUUUGAGGAAGGGUCUGUACUUCAGCGACACGCCGCUGCACGACUCAAGCAGGGACGUACUCAUGGUUAACUAUCUGCGUAGGCGCGAGAGGGACCUGCUGGAUAAGAUUGAGGACGUCGGGAACCAACUGCGCAAGCUCCAGGGCAGCCUGAGCGAGGACAAGCGUCGCACGGAAGAACUGCUACACUCAAUACUACCUUCAAAUGUGGUACAGAGCCUAGUGUCGAGAAGUCCGGUGGAGGCCGAAGCCCACCCUGUCGUGUCCAUCCUCUUUUCGGACAUCGUAAUCGUGCAGAACCUAGUGUCCAGAAGUCCAGUGGAGGCCGAAGCGCAUCCGGUCGUGUCCAUCCUGUUCUCGGACAUCGUAAACUUCACCGGGAUCUGCGAGAGGGUGGAGCCCAUGGACAUCGUGCGCAUGCUCAACAAGCUGUACACCAGCUUCGACGUGCUCAGCAAGCUGAACGAGCUCUACAAGGUUGAAACUAUCGGUGAUGCGUACAUGGUGGCUGGAGGGAUCCCGGUGCAGGUAGACGAUCACGCCGACAGAGUUCUCGCCAUGGCCAUGGGGAUGAUGGACGUCUCUAAAACAUUCAGGACACCGGACGGGGACGAGCCUAUAUACAUCCGAGUCGGUAUCCACUCUGGACCGUGCAUGGCCGGCGUGGUUGGCACGUCCAUGCCCCGGUACUGUCUGUUCGGGAACACCGUCAGUCUGGCCAGCAAGAUGGAGAGCUGUAGUCAACCCGGCAGGACCAACAUCAGCGAUGCAACCAAAAUGUAG